GUAGUCUUAAAUAGAUAUGGAAGAAAUUAUAUUAUCAAACGUUGAUGCACGUAUUGGGUGAUCUGAUGAUUCUCAUGUGUUGUCGCAUAAUAUUAAAAUUAUAGAAAAUAUAUUGUCUAUGUAUAUAUAAUAUUUUAUUGUGAUUAUAACAAUUAACUUUAAAAAUACGGCAAAAUGUCUUAUAUGUUAUCGCAUCUUCAUAAUGGGUGGCAAGUUGAUCAAGCCAUUUUGUCCGAAGAAGAUCGAGUAGUUGUUAUUAGAUUCGGUCAUGAUUGGGAUCCAACAUGUAUGAAAAUGGAUGAAGUACUUUACAACAUCGCAGAAAAGGUUAAAAAUUUUGCGGUAAUAUAUUUAGUCGACAUUACAGAAGUUCCUGAUUUCAACAAAAUGUAUGAGUUAUACGAUCCUUGCACAGUUAUGUUUUUCUUUAGAAAUAAACACAUAAUGAUUGAUUUGGGUACAGGAAAUAAUAAUAAAAUUAAUUGGACACUUGAAGAUAAACAGGAAAUGAUUGAUAUUAUUGAAACAGUUUAUAGAGGUGCAAGGAAAGGACGAGGUUUGGUUGUAUCACCAAAAGAUUAUUCUACAAAAUAUCGAUAUUAAUUUAUCCAAUAAAGUUACUUCUUUAAAAUAUAAAAAA